AUGGCUGGUUGCAUGUUCAACACACCUUACCUCCACCGCAUUUCACGCUACCGAGACGCGUCGGAAGCGCGCGAUGCCGCAAUUUCGCGCUUCCGCCGUCGCAUCCGUGCGUGGCGCCCAGCUCCACCAUCUCAAUCCUCCCUGCUCAGCAACAACCUGCUGUUCCUGUCCCAAUCCCCCCUGCUGCUGUCCCGAUCCCUCCUGCAGGCUGGAUUCGCUGGGGACGAUGCUCCCCGCGCCGUCUUUCCCAGCAUCGUGGGCCGCCCACGUCACCAUGACGUCAUGAUAGGGAUGGGGCAGAAGGACGCGUACGUGGGUGACGAGGCACACAGCAAGCGCGGCAUUCUGACCAUCAAGUACCCCAUCGAGCAUGGCAUCGUGAGCAACUGGGAUGACAUGGAGCGCGUGUGGGCGCACACCUUCUACAACGAGCUGCGCGUGUCCCCCGAGGAGCACCCCGUGCUGCUCACCGAGCCGCCGCUCAACCCCAAGGCCAACCGCGAGCGCAUGGUGCUCAUCAUGAUGGAGUCGUUUCAUGUCCCUGCUGUCUAUGUGGCCAUUCAGGCCGUGCUCAGCCUCUACUCCUCCGGCCGCACCACAGGCGACGGUGUCUCCCACGUGGUGCCCAUCUUCGAGGGCUACACGCUGCCACAUGCCAUCCACCGAUUGGACCUCGCGGGCCGUGACGUCAGCAGCCACCUGGCAAUGCUGCUGACAGAGCGAGGCUACUCCUUCACCACCUCAGCAGAGAGGGAAAUCGUACGAGACAUUAAGGAGAAGUUGUGCUAUGUGGCAGAGGACUAUGAGAAAGAGCUUGCCAUGGUUGAGAGCGGUGGAGUAGGAGUGGGAGGAGUGAGAAAGAAAGGAGCGGAGGAGAGCGGGAGUGGAAAGAAGAAGGGUGGGAAGUCCGAGAGGGAGAUGCCGAGCGGUAGUGCCGACACUGCCGCUGCUGCUGCUGCUGCUGCUGCUACCACUCUAGACAAGACCUACGAGCUGCCCGACGGGCAGGUGAUAACAAUCGGUUCGGAGCGGUUCCGCGCGCCGGAAAUCCUCUUCUCGCCCUCCCUGGUGGGCAUGGAAGCACCAGGCCUGCACGAGGCAGCAUACAAUACCAUCAUGAAGUGCGAUGUGGAUGUGCGGAGGGACCUGUAUGCAAACAUUGUGCUGAGUGGCGGCUCUUCUAUGUUCCCGGGGAUGCCUGAGAGGAUGCAGAGGGAGGUGGGCAGCUUGGCUCCUGGGAGUGUGCGCGUGCGUGUGGUGGCGCCUCCUGAGAGGAAGUACAGUGUGUGGAUCGGCGGGUCUAUCCUUGCGUCUCUCACCACGUUUGAACAGGUGGGUGCUACGGGAUGCGACAGGCUUGGGUUGGGGGUGGUAUGGGAUAUGUGGGUGCUAUGGGGUGCAUGCGUGUGCGUGUGGUGGCGCCUCCCGAGCGCAAGUAUAGUGUGUGGAUUGACGGGUCUAUCCUUGCGUCGCUGA